AUGGCCGCGACGUCUAAAUCGUCUCGCUCAUCGCCAUUGCCUGAAACUCCAGCGAGCCCGGUCCCAGUUCGCGAGCGCAUCGACGCCUCCCGCAUCCGAUCUCCUUCGAGUCCGUCCUCUUCGGUUGUUGCCUCUCGACCCGAACCCUCCUCCGUCACCGGCUCCACCAGCGUACAUCGGCCACACCAUUCGAGCCAUCAGUCCAUUAGUUCGCAACGGUCGGGCGGUUUUCUCGCCUUUUUCGACCGGACCAUCGCCGGCAUCACAGAGCCCCGGAUCCGGCCGCGCCAAUCCCUCAGUCGCCUCUCGACCGGCCCCGACUCACCCGGCAGCGGCCAGUCCAGCCCGGAGAGGGGACCUCGCAGUGCCCGUCCGACCUCCAACUACGCCAUUCCGGUGGGGUUGAUAUCCGUUGACGGCAGGCAGCUGAGCCCGACUCUGGUCCUCGGCGAUCCCCCCUCCCAGCCUUAUAGUGAGACCGAUCCCUCGCUCCCCGAGCCGACCCACCUCCCCCGAUUCGACAAUAAAAUGCACCAAACAUCUUCGCGGUUACUCCGCAUGACGGACGAUGACCGUCCAUACACCAAAGAUUUCAAAGACCUCUUCUCUACUUUAAUAGUCAGCCUUCUGCCGCUCUCAGCACAUCGUGUGCGAUUGACCAAGGUGGAGCACACCUUCCUCUCGGAAGAUGCCAUCAACAACCUCGGCUCCCUCAAGUUCUCCCAGUCCAACCGCAUGCCAGACCCGAAAGAUCCGUCGAGGAUCGUGACCACCACCACGACCACGACCUUUUCGAUGGCGAAGGACAUGGCUCGCUCCAUCUGCCAGCGGUUCUUGGAGGCAAGAUUCAUCGAGUCAGCAGAUGGGAGGUACCAGUCCGUGUACACGAUGAAGGGCGUGGUCUGGCAGUUGACCCCGAAGGGCAUCUCCAUCCUAGACCGCUUUUGCUCGCGCAACGGCAUCCAACAGAAGCAGGUCGCCGAGCUCAUUGGCUCCUCUCUCCCGCAACUGGUCAGCCUCGAGCGCGAUGGGCAGUCGGAUAAGCUGCUUACGGAUCGCGGCACGGUCGAGGUCAUCUUCCGGAGGUUUAUCGGGGCCAAUGGCUUCAACAUCAAGCCGACCGUGAGCUCGGCAGACUCGGACUCGUUGAACGACUACAAGGACGGUCUCACCGGCGUUAAGAUGGCCGCCGACCGCAAAGUAGGCGGCAAGACGUUCAAGGAUACUUUCACCGGGAAGGCCGCAUCUGAUUGGUUGCUGGAUUGCUCGACAACUGUUGACAAGAGAGAAACUUUUGAGAUUGCCGCGCUCUUCGUGGAAUAUGAUCUCAUGGAAGCCGUGCAGCAAGACCGGUCCUACAUGGUCCAGCACCCGGCCCAUAGCCUCUUCCAGCCGACCAAGCACGCCAUCUACCAGGUCACGGCGAAGGGGCGAGACCUUGCUAACGGCGCCGCCGCCAGAGGGCGAGCAUCCGAGAGCGAGGGGUUAUCGGCAACGCGGCCAGGCGGGAUCGCUCGCGAUUCCAACACGCAACGCCUCGACAAGAUUCUCAACGACCCCGCCCUGCGGUUGCUGUUCCGCGAGAACCUCCGCGAGACCCACUGCGAGGAGAAUCUGUCUUUUUAUCUGGACGUCGACGACUUCGUCAGGCAGUGCAGGCAGGCCAUCCGGGUUGCACAGAAGAGCCCCAACAAUGCCGCGUCGUUGGACGGGAUCAAGGAGAUCAUGGCCCAGGCGUACGGCAUCUACAACGCCUUCUUGGCCCCCGGGUCGCCCUGCGAGCUGAACAUCGACCACCAGCUGCGAAACAACCUGGCGACCCGCAUGACGAAGGCGGUGGGGCAGGACGUUGCCAUGAUCGACACCCUUCAUGAGGUCACGGCUCUAUUCGAGGAUGCCCAGAACGCCGUCUUCAAGCUGAUGGCUAGCGAUUCGGUGCCCAAGUUCCUGCGCAGCCCCAAGUACGAGCAGACGCUCAAGAAUUACGACUUCGACGCAGUCACCGGCAGCCACUCCCAGCCGCGCGUGCCAGAGCGCAGCCAGAGCCGGUCGAACCGCAAUUGA